AUGCGACCUUCUUCAUCCGCCCGCCAAUCCACUGCCUCUGGCGUUCGACCAAAAAACAGGAAAAUGAAGGAUCAACCAGCGAGCAUUGACUCAUCAAGUGCUACGGGUAAAGACGCAUUUAAUUAGUCAAAUUGAAAAUAAACAAGCUGGUUUUGACCAACUUACAUCAGGUCCUCAAGACCAAUAUAGACCUGAUUAAUUCUCAAUCUCGAAAAGAAUUACAAGAGAAAGCAGGGAAGGAAAGGCAAGAAUGGCCUCUAACACUGCUAACAGGGCAACUUUUCGACCGAUAACGAACAGUGUUUCGACACAAGAACACAAAUUCCAUGUUCAACAUCAGAUUAAAAACCCCCAUUCAAGAUCACGCUUAGAUUCCACCUAAACCAACAAAACACUAACUGAAAUACUCACCAAUUGUACUAUAUUGCUUCUAGGAGAGGUAGAGGAGCUCAAUUUCCGAAUCAAGGACCGCCAGAACCCAGUUGGACCAAAAGGAUUCCUAGACACGAUCCGAGAGACUGUGGUAACCCGAGGUGCGGAAAAGACGAUAGAUGUCAAAGAGACGCUAAAACGACCACUGACAGGUAAAAAUAUUAGGUUUUCUGCUCAUUCAUACACACCUUCACAGCAACUAUAACGAGAGAAAUUAACCUAAAGUAAUAUAACGAAAUUUUGGCUCUCGGCAAUCAGGUUGCAAUCAUUAUUAUCAAAAUCAGACGAAAGACGCAUGAAAAACGAAACACUUUCGUAUACGAACUGCAAGACGAAAUGCGAAAAGUUGGCAGAGAAAUUGGGGAAGAAUCAGCGAUUUAUUUACGUCUCGCAAAGAAAUUGUUUUUGGCAUUCUGUUUUAGUAAAAAUAAUUUUUUUUUGGUAAAUUUUUUGAGAUCGAAAGUAAGCUUGGCAACCGCAACAAUGUUUGUUCAGCUUGCUAGUUAUUUUUUGCACUUUUACGGGGUUUUUAUUCUAUUUUGAGGCGUGUUAUAGUUUAUGUUGGUGUAUAUCUAAAUUAAUAUAAUUUUUAGGUCUGUUUCGUCGACGAGCCCCAGCCGCUCCUCCACCGCCUCCCGGACCUCCUGCCCAGCUCUCAAAUCAGCCAAAUCAGAAUGUCCCAUUACAAGAGAGCAACUCAAUGGAUGCCGGUAUGUGUUUGAUUUUCGUUCUUUGAUGUUUAGAUCUUAUCCUUGUUGAUCCCGUCGUUUAGAGCCGGACUCUCCGGAACUGCAACGUGGAACGGAGCGGCAGAAUUCGGAGACAAUGUCGAUGCUUAAUUUGAAGGGAAUGAAUGGGUUAGGGCUGGACAUGAGCGAUUUUACGGCGGUAGAUUUCGGAAAAUUCGAAGAUAUUGGUGGGUAACUUAUCUGAUUUCUUGAAAUAGAUCUUAAUAUAAAACUUUCAUUUUUUUCUUCAGACGUCUCGUUUUUGGCUCGAUUAGUUUGUUUUGAAGUCGAUGUGACGGAUGAUGAGGAGGCUUGGACAUGGGAUUCACUUUUUGCCUCCGUCUCCACGGAAAUUCGAAACGAUGCCAUAAACAACGACGAAUCUGAUGAAGACGAGACUCCUCCACAGACCUUUGGUCAUUAA